CCGUGCCUAUCUUCAAAACAUAGUUCUCAUUCUUACAAUUAGUCCGGGGAAUUACACUACUGCAUUUAUACAGUGCCCCACCGCUGCUGAAAUAGGUGUAGUUUACAGUUCUAAUAUUGUUUCAUGCUCCCGUUUGUCUGACCACUUCAUACAGAGCAAUUUCGGGAGCGGUCCUGUAUAGUAUAUUUACAGUGUACGUGCAGAGCUGGACAUCAAUUAAUUUUAAGAUAAUCAGAUUGUACCCUAGAGUUUCCCACAAAAGAAGUCGUUGCGUACCUGCCUUUACGGUCUGGACCAUAACAAUAAAAAUAUACUUUAUUUUCGAUAUAACACGUGAUACUUCAACCAUGCGUCUCUUGUACAACAUGGCGACCGGCAAAGGACUGGCAAUCGUUUUCCGACCAAAGACUAUUGAUUUAAUCAGCAAUAGUAAUUUAAAUAAAUUAUCUUGUGCUAUUGCACGAAGAUGUACUUCGUGUCACCGACCUUUCACAACAAUAACAUUGGGUGUCGGCAACUGGAAUCCAAAAAAAACAAGAAAAUACAUUGUAGGAAAUUCAAUACAAACUCAAAGAGGAAUACAUACAACAUGUAAAUUGUUAAAGCGUAAUUAUUAUGAUAUAUUGGGUGUAUCUAAAAAUGCUGCAGCUAAAGACAUUAAAAAAGCUUAUUAUCAGUUAGCUAAAAAGUAUCAUCCUGAUACAAAUAAAGGAGAUCCAGAUGCAAGUAAAAAGUUUCAAGAAGUUUCAGAGGCAUAUGAAGUAUUAAGUGAUGAUAACAAAAGAAAAGAAUAUGAUACAUGGGGAGCAACAUCAGAACAAAUGGGAAUGGGACAUGGUGGUCAUGCCAAAGAUUUUAACCAAAGCUGGCAGUUUAGGUCUUCAAUUAAUCCAGAAGAAUUAUUUAGGAAAAUAUUUGGAGAAGCUGGGUUUCAGAGUACUGUUUUUAACGAUUUUGAAGAUUUUGCAGAAUCAAAGUAUGGUUUUGGAGCAGCUCAAGAGGUUGUCAUGAAUUUAACGUUUUCUCAAGCUGCCAGAGGAAUAAAUAAAGAUAUUCAACUAAAUGUAGUAGACACAUGUCCAAAAUGUUCAGGUUCACAAUGUGAACCAGGAACAAAAGCAGUUAGGUGUCCAUAUUGUAAUGGAACUGGAAUGGAAACAAUUAGUACUGGUCCUUUUGUGAUGCGCUCCACGUGUCGUUACUGUCAUGGUAGCCGGGUGCAUGUUAAGUUUCCAUGUACUGAAUGUGAAGGAAAAGGACAGAUGGUACAACGUAAAAAGAUAACAGUUCCAGUUCCAGCUGGUGUGGAAGAUGGUCAAACAAUUCGAAUGGCUGUUGGUAACAAAGAAAUAUUUAUAACAUUCCACGUGGAAAAAUCAAAAUACUUUCGAAGAGAUGGUCCAGACAUUCACACAAAUGCACAAAUUUCAUUAUCACAAGCUGUACUUGGUGGUACAAUACGAAUAGAAGGCGUUUAUGAAGAUCAUACUGUACAGAUUCGACCUGGUACUUCAUCCGAUACUAAAAUUCGACUGAACAGUAAAGGAAUGAAAAAGGUGAAUGGUGCAGGAUAUGGAGACCACUAUGUACACAUUACAAUUAUUGUACCUACAAAAUUAAAUGAUAAACAAUUAGCAUUACUCCAAGCUUAUGCAGAAUUAGAAGAGGACACACCUGGAAGUAUACAUGGCAUAACAUAUAAAACAGAUGGAACUAAAGAAAGUUAUACUGGUCCUCUCAAUUUGGUGGAAUCCAUACGGAUAGCAUUAGGCAAUCAAGAUAUUUCUGAUGAAGACUGUGUAUCUUCUAAACCUGAAAGUCCAGAAGAUAAAGCUCAAAAUAAUUCUGAAAUGAAAAAUAGUAACUCAAGAAAUGAAGAUCUUACCACAAUGAGAAGACAUAAAAUGUCAUAAAUAUUUUUAUUUUAAUAUUGGAGACUUUAUGAUUUCGUAGAAACAAUAAAAUGAAAAAAUAUAAACGCAAAAGUAACUAUCGUAUAAAAGGACCCG